UUGAGAUUUACCCCUUUCUGCAAGCAAGCUCGUCUUCUUCAAAGUCACCAAAAACCUCUCGAAAACCCUAACGCUUUCAUCCAGCAGCACAGUUCAUCAAUGGCGCCCCCAAGUCCAACUUCUGAACAUUCAUCAAAAGCUCUAACAGCUCGUCCUAACAACUCAACCCACAACCAGUUUUUCGUUUGGAGGGAGUUCGUAUGGGGUGGAAUUGCCGGAGCUUUUGGGGAAGGAAUGAUGCACCCGAUUGAUACCAUUAAAACUCGCAUUCAAAGCCAAGCCAUUCUCAGUGGGUCUCAGAACCAGAAAAGUGCAUUACAGAUGAUCCAAACUGUUUGGGCUAAAGAUAGUUUAGCUGGAUUUUAUAGAGGAGUAGCACCAGGAAUCACGGGAUCUCUUGCUACUGGAGCUACAUAUUUUGGGGUCAUAGAGUCCACAAAAAAGUGGAUUGAACAUUCCCAUCCAAGUCUUAGUGGCCACUGGGCACAUUUCAUUGCUGGAGCUAUAGGUGAUACAUUAGGUUCAUUUGUAUAUGUCCCAUGUGAAGUGAUAAAACAACGCAUGCAGGUCCAAGGCACUAGGAAGUAUUGGACUUCUGUUGUAUCAAAAGAAGGCUCCCACAUGACACAGGGCAUGAACACAUAUGGUUACUAUUCAGGAAUGUUUCAAGCUGGCUGCUCUAUUUGGAAGGAGCAGGGGCCAAAGGGUUUAUAUACAGGAUACUGGUCUACACUUGCUAGGGAUGUGCCAUUUGCUGGUUUAAUGGUUACUUUCUAUGAGGCCUUCAAAAAUAUGACAGAAUAUGGAAGACAGAAAUGGUUUCCCAACUCAAAUUUGCAAUUAAAUAGCUCUCUUGAAGGGCUCUUGUUGGGAGGACUGGCUGGGGGUUUGAGUGCAUAUCUCACCACACCCUUGGAUGUUAUUAAAACAAGAUUACAAGUGCAGGGGAAAAUAGUAAGGUAUAGUGGCUGGUCAGACGCAGUUCAUAAGAUAUGGGCAACUGAAGGUUUAAGAGGGAUGUUCAGAGGCAGUAUUCCCAGAAUCACAUGGUACAUCCCAGCAUCUGCUCUCACCUUCAUGGCCGUAGAGUUUCUGAGAGAACAGUUCAACGAAAGACUGGACAACAAUAAACUCCCAGAAAUCACAAGUGUAUCAAUAGACAAAAAAGAUUCAACAUUUCAAGAGGUAUCAUAGAACAUCGCAUUCUACACUGAUGAUUUCACCACCAUAUGUUACUUCCCCUGAGAUUCUCGUUAAUUCGACGUUGAGACUGCCAUGUUAUGCUGAGGAAUGCCCCAAGAUUGUAUGGUUUUGAUGUAAAUAUUACAAAUAAUCUUGCGUACUCCCCAAUGUUUGAACAUGGAAUAUAUUGUUUGUUUGUUUGUUUA